AUGGCGCCCUCAAGAGCCGCAAAAACUCUCCAGGCUGACGUCCGCACCGACUCCCGUGUACCACGUGUCGCAACCCCAUCCUUCUGGACGUCUCUGAUCCCAAAAGCUUUCCGCCGCUCCCGCGAGCCCGCAGAUACAGACCCUACUUCUCCUCCAGCACCUAAGGAGCGACGAAGAUGGAAUCCAGCGACAACCUUCAUCCUCCUCGCUAUCCUUGUAGGCUCCAACGCCAUUAAUCUAAUCGCUUUGAGAAACGACAUGGCCAACUUCUCCCGCAAGACUGAUGCGAAGCUGGAGUUACUGCGGGAAGUGCUGAAGAGAGUGCAGAACGGGGAGGAUGUGGAUGUUAAGAAGGAAUUGGGAACGGGCGACCCGGAGAAGGAAGCGGAGUGGGAGGAGGUCAUGAGGGAGGUUGCGGAGACUGAUCAGGUGGCUGAAAGCAGGAGAAAGCUGGAGGAGAGGAAGCUCAAGAAGGCGGAGGAGAGGAGGCAAAGGGAUGAGGAGCGUAAGAGGCAGAGGGAGAGGGAAGCGAGUCCGGGUUUGAGGAAAGGAAGGCCGAAGUUCAUGAUGUGA